GAAGCUUGUAUUUAGAAGAAUAAUGGGUCCCAAUGGAAGAAUCAGAGUUGAAGCUGCGCAUGGGGAAUUGGAGGACCUCCAGAGAAGAAGCAACGGUGUUGAAAUGACAAUGCUCAGGCGCAGAUUCAAUGAGGCUCAGGCAGGAAAAACUUCAAAAGUAUUGCAAAGAGUGUUUUCUGAGGAUUUUGAGAAGAACAAGAUAUUGGAUCCUAGUGGGAAAAUUCAUCACAAAUGGAACAAGAUUUUCUUGGGGACAUGCUUGCUUUCUAUCUUUGUUGAUCCUUUAUUCUUUUACUUACCAAUAAUCAGACAAGAACUCUGCAUAGAUAUCUCUCUGUCUCUCAAAACUAUCCUUACCAUCAUAAGAUCAUUGCUUGAUGUUUUCUAUGUGAUUCAUAUAAUAAUUAGAUUCCAUACAGCUUACGUUGCGCCAUCUUCUCGCGUUCUUGGGAGAGGAGAGCUUGUUAUAGACUCAUCAAAGAUUGCAUUAAGCUAUCUGAGAAAAGGAUUUUUGUUAGACUUCUUUGCUGCACUUCCCCUUCCUCAGGUGUUUGCUUGGGCAAUUCUCCCCAAUAUUGAAGCUGUUGAAGUGACAAACAGGAAGGACUUUCUCUGGCUAAUCCUUGUGUUUCAGCAUAUUUCAAGAGUUUGUCUUUUGUUCCCCCUUUCAUCACAAAUCCUUGAGGGGGCUGGUGUUGUUUCUAAAAAAGCAUGGACAGGAGCUGCUUAUAAUCUCUUAGUUUUCAUGUUGACAGGCCAUGCUUCAGGAGCUUGGUGGUACCUUCUAUCAAUGGAAAGACAAGAAGAUUGCUGGAAAAUGGCCUGCAAUCUUGAGAAUCCACAAUGUCAAAUUGGAUUUUUUGAUUGCAGCACAGUUGAAGAUUAUCAGAGAAUUGAGUGGUUCAAGUCAAGCAAUGUUACAAGUCAAUGUAAUCCAAAUAAUAACUUGUUUCCAUUUGGUAUAUACGGUGCUGCAGUGACAUAUAAUGUUCAAGGUUCAGCAUUCUUGAGGAAAUACUUUUACUGUCUGUGGUGGGGUUUAAAGAAUCUAAGUACUCUUGGCCAAAGUUUUACUACAAGCAUUGACAUUGGAGAAAACAUAUUUGCAAUCAUCCUUGUAACUCUUGGUCUUAUACUUCUUGCACUUCUCAUUGGAAAUAUGCAAAGGUUCCUCCAAUCCACAACCAUCAGGCUAGAAGAAUGGAAAAUUAAGAGAACUGAUACAGAAAACUGGAUGCAUCAUAGGCAUCUACCUCCAGAUCUGAGGCAGAUUGUUCGAAAAUAUGAUUUAUACAAGUGGCUGUCUAAUAAAGGAGUUGAUGAAGAAUCCCUCAUCAAACACCUUCCUGUUGAUCUCCAGAGAAAAGUGAAACACCACCUGUGCUUUGAUCUCCUUCGUCGAGUUCCAUUGUUUAAUCAAAUGGAUGAAACUAUGCUAGAUGCAAUAUGUGAGAGGCUUAAGGCUGCAUUGUGCACCAGAGGCAUGUUUCUUAUGCGUGAAGGUGACCCUGUAAACCAAAUGGUUUUCAUAAUAAGAGGUCACCUUGAUUCUUACACCAUCAAUGGUGGCUGUACUGGAUUUUUGGACUCCUGUCGGAUCAGACCAGGUGAUUUCUGUGGUGAGGAGUUGGUGACAUGGGCAUUGGAUUCUCGUUCCAAUAUCCCCCUUCCAUCAUCUGCACGCACCAUCAAGGCCAUUACUGAAGUGGAAGCAUUUGCUUUAUUAGCAGAAGAUUUGAAAUUUGUUGCGUCGCAAUUUAGAAGGCUGAAUAGCAAACAGCUUAGGCACAAGUUCAGGUUCUACUCUCAUCAGUGGAGAACAUGGGCUGCAACUGCUAUACAAGCAGCUUGGCGCCGCCAUAAAGAAUUUAAGAGGAUUGCUGAACUGGGUGGCAGUGAGCUUCAAGUGCAACCGCCAGGGUCGUUUUGGGAUAGGUAUGCAGAGAGUCUCAUAGAAGGCACAAGAAGGAAUAUCAAAUAUAAGCAAUCCGGGCUAGAGAAGCCAGCUGAGCCAGACUUUUCGGCAGGCUAAGCAUGGUUUCCUUCUCAAUUGUUUAAGAAUUUAGGCUAAAAAUGGUACCUGUUGUUUCAUUAUAGUCAUCAAGAAACAUCCUGUUUGUUAUUGCAUGCUUCUCAUCAGGUGGAACUGUGUCAUGUAUAAAUGAAUAAACCAUCAAUCUUACCUGGAUAUUUCGGGGGAUAGACUCUAUUACAUUGGUUGAUUCCUAACUUUUGUCUCA